AUGCUCUUAACGUAUGUUGAAGUGCCAACAGAGCGACGGGUAAAACGAUGGGGUCUUUCUGUUAAUGAAUUAGUGCGAGAUCCUAUUGGCCGACAAGUACUUGAAACAUUCCUGGAAAGUGAAUUUUCUUCGGAAAAUAUUCGAUUCUGGAUGGCUAUACAAGAUUUGAAAUUUUCAGCUGACAAGCAGGUUGAUGGGAAAUCGCAACAUAUCUAUGAAGAAUUCCUCGCAUCAGGGGCGCCAUGUCAAGUUAAUGUCGAUUCUCGAACAUUAGAGAGCACGUUAAAAUUACUUAAUGAUGAUAAAACUCCUAGAAGGCAUGCUUUCUCACCUGCUGAAGAACAUGUAUUUACGUUAAUGAGCAAAGACUCAUAUCCUCGUUUUGUUCGUUCGCAAAUUUACAAAGGUGUUCUAUCAGCUGCUCAACAACAGGGCUCAAAAAGGCUCGGUUGGAGGAAUUUUGUUUUUAAUGUUGGGAAUCAAAAAAAAACACCAUUAACGACGAAGCAUAAAAUGAGUCGCGACGAUAAUUCACAUAGUUCACUUCCAAAGCAACUCAGUUCAGAUUCUUUACCCAUUAAAACACAAGCUCAACGAUUGGUGGAAGCUUCUUCUAUUGGUGCAACAACAAAUACAUAA